AAGCUAUACAUGGCAUCUGACAUGCGCAGAAAACACCCGUGAAGAAAAGCUGCGUAUCCAACCAUUAACUUGUAAACAUUUGUCAUGGUUGCGGUUUGCGCCUCGGAUUUGGAGAUGGAAAUAUAAGAUUCACUUGGAGGCGUGCUACCAAACACUGUUCUACAUUGCAUGGACCCAAAGCUGAUGCGCAGGGCCACCAGCGCACGCCAAGACGCCACAGGAAUGGACAUCACUAGCCGCUGUACUCUGGGCGACCCCAAUAAGCUCCCUGAAGGGGUACCCCAGCCUGCGCGCAUGCCAUACGUGUCAGACAAACACCCUCGGCAGACGCUGGAAGUGAUCAACCUGCUGAGGAAGCACCGUGAGCUGUGUGACGUGGUGCUGGUGGUGGGCACUAAGAAAAUCUAUGCUCACCGUGUCAUCCUGUCCGCCUGCAGUCCAUACUUCAGGGCGAUGUUUACUGGGGAGCUUGCAGAAAGCCGACAAACUGAAGUGGUUAUUCGAGACAUUGACGAGAGAGCGAUGGAGCUGUUGAUCGACUUUGCCUACACGUCACAGGUGACCGUAGAGGAAGGCAAUGUCCAGACGCUGCUGCCCGCGGCUUGUCUGCUCCAGCUUGCUGAGAUCCAGGAGGCCUGCUGCGAGUUCCUGAAGAGGCAGCUCGACCCUUCCAACUGUCUGGGCAUCAGGGCCUUCGCUGACACCCACUCCUGCCGCGAGCUGCUCCGCAUCGCGGAUAAAUUCACCCAACACAACUUUCAGGAGGUCAUGGAAAGCGAGGAGUUCAUGCUGUUACCUGCCAACCAGUUGAUUGACAUCAUUUCUAGCGAUGAACUCAACGUGAGGAGCGAAGAGCAGGUUUUUAACGCGGUGAUGGCGUGGGUGAAAUACAGCAUCCAGGAACGCAGACCACAGCUACCCCAGGUUCUCCAACAUGUCAGACUACCCCUCCUCAGCCCCAAGUUCCUAGUGGGCACCGUGGGGUCGGACCCUCUUAUCAAGAGUGAUGAGGAGUGCAGAGACCUGGUUGACGAGGCCAAGAACUACUUGCUGCUGCCACAGGAGAGACCCCUGAUGCAGGGCCCAAGAACCCGUCCUAGGAAACCCAUCCGAUGCGGAGAAGUUCUCUUUGCGGUGGGGGGCUGGUGCAGCGGGGACGCCAUAUCCAGCGUGGAACGCUACGAUCCUCAGACCAACGAGUGGCGCAUGGUGGCGUCCAUGAGCAAACGCCGCUGCGGAGUCGGCGUCAGCGUCCUGGACGACUUGCUUUACGCCGUGGGGGGCCACGACGGCUCCUCCUACCUCAACUCUGUCGAAAGAUACGAUCCAAAGACAAACCAGUGGAGCAGCGACGUGGCGCCGACCAGCACGUGUCGUACAAGCGUAGGCGUGGCCGUUCUUGGCGGUUAUUUGUACGCCGUGGGAGGACAAGAUGGCGUUUCCUGUCUGAACAUAGUGGAAAGGUACGACCCCAAGGAGAACAAGUGGACUCGCGUGGCGUCCAUGAGCACCAGGCGACUGGGCGUGGCUGUGGCUGUGCUCGGAGGCUUCCUGUACGCUGUCGGAGGCUCCGACGGAACGUCGCCGCUGAAUACAGUGGAGCGCUACAAUCCUCAGGAGAACCGCUGGCACACGGUGUCGCCCAUGGGAACCCGGCGGAAACACCUGGGCUGUGCCGUCUACCAGGACAUGAUCUACUCGGUCGGAGGCCGAGACGACACCACGGAGCUGAGCAGUGCGGAGCGUUACAACCCCAGGACCAAUCAGUGGUCUCCCGUAGUCGCCAUGACGUCCAGACGGAGCGGGGUGGGCUUGGCGGUCGUGAAUGGUCAGUUGAUGGCCGUGGGAGGAUUUGAUGGGACGACGUAUUUGAAAACGAUAGAGGUUUACGAUCCUGAUGCCAACACUUGGAGGUUGUACGGAGGAAUGAACUACCGGCGACUCGGUGGCGGAGUGGGCGUGAUUAAAAUGACUCACUGUGAAUCCCACAUAUGGUAACCCUCCUGGUUUGUCCUCACCAACCCUCACGACUCCCAAGAAAAACUGUUACGUGCGUGGGGACGAGUGGGAGACGUGUUGGCGGACGAAUCCACCAACGUUCGUCCCCUUUCACGGUCAAUGACUUUUACAAGAAACGAUUGACAUCCAGCAAGCAUCACCAAGCCUCCAUAUUGGAGACGGUCUACUAUAGGCUCCGCCCCCCCUCCCCCAAGUAACCUCGUCCUGCUUUGGUCCUUGAAGCUUCCAUCUACCAGUCGUGUAGACGCCUAGAGUAUGACUGCGGUCAUGAAUGUGUGAGGAGGUUUUAACGUCUUUUGGGUGCAACCAACCAACCAAGGCAGAUGACCACAAAAGUGGAAAUCGAACCAAGACCUCUCAUCCUGCAAGCCUCAAUCCAUCCGUUCCGCUGUGGUGGCAUGGCUUAUUUCCUGACGAGAGAACAUUACUUGUUAACUGGCGUACAGGACACUGGAACCUCAGUUAGCGUACAACCCCGUGCAUGUGUGUUUUGGUUUACAUUUUUUGCCUCGGUUUGCGUACACUCUCCGGUUAGCAUACAAUACGGCGCCUGUCUUCCACUGCCUGAGUCCAACUGUCUUCUUCAUCACAGAAACAUACUUGUUAGCAUCCUAUUGGGUUGACGCUAAUGUUAGCUAAGUCAUGCUACAAGUCUCUGCUUUUGAGACACACAAAAGUGGCGAGUGGCAGCAUAUCCCUUUCAUAUGCCAUUUUUGUUUUUGAAAUGUCUGCAUGUAAACAGUUGAAAUGUAAACAUAUAAAAAGAGUUUAGUGUUAUAUAACAUAUUUGGAAAGGAUGGCUUGGCAUUAUUUCUGAUUAGUACGUUUGGGAUGGCGUGAAGGAUGCUAACUGAGGUUCUACUGUACGGUAAGAUGUCAAGAACAGGAUGCAAUACUGAUCUUAGUCCCCGCUAGAAGGUUCAAAGUCUAAGCUAAACAGAUUUUCCUGAAUAAAUGGGGCAUUGUGUACAUGGCUUAUUAACAGAAGGGUUUGUAUGGAAUGGGGCCACCUGGUGGUAGAAGAUGAGAAUGCAAAGUGAAAAUAGCAGAUGAUGAAAAACACAAGUUGAAAGUCGUAUUUGUGUUUGAAGGAACAUGUGUUUUCUCCACACAACACCUCAUCAUGUACAUCACAGUUGUACUUUAGUGUGUACUCGGUGCAGUGUGCACUGGUUACACCCAUCAUAAGGAAUAAAUGUACUCUAGGCUUCACGUUCAAGAAAGCUGCUAGGUUUUUUGCAAGUGUUGGAUUCAUGCCCAAGUCCACCAUGUACUUAUGCAAGACAUAUUCUUCCAUAACGCAACUGUACUCUUGUGGUUUUGCCCACAAAUGCAACUUUCACUAAAUGUUGACUUUCACCAUUUCAUUUUUU